ACACACACCGUCGACGUCAACUGUCAAAACUAUAUUAAAAAUAUUGAAAUUUUUAAAUGAAACAAUAUCAAUAAAAGAUGAGACUGGGUUGAAAGGCAGUGUAUUUAAUAAUAAUUAUUAAUUGUAUUUAAUCUAUACUUAAAAUGGCUAUAAACUCAGUUAAAGAUUUUGGAAAAGCUUGGUGGUCUGAGGUAUACAAUCGAAUAAUAGGAGCGGCCGUGUUCCUGGACGACUACAGUUCAGAAUGUUUACAUUGGGACGGAGGAUUGAUGAAUCUGAUAUACGGGGGAGCUGUCUCUGUGAAGAGCUUAUCGCCUUUUGAGUUUGCUACAAAAGACCAAAAGAAAGCUGUCUUCAUCACCCAAUCUGCCAGCACACAACUUCGCACAGUCCGAGAGAUCAUCAAGCACAGUGACUUUGCUCACUGCAUGCUGAUAUGCACCGUCAGCCUGGACGUGAUUUAUCUGGAGCUGAAUGAGGGGAAGGAUGUGAGUGAUGUGGUGGCGGCAGGGAAGGCUCCCACGGAGGCUACUAAGCAGUUGGAGGGGAUGCUGUUGGAAUGGAUUGGUAAAAAACAAUGUGCAGUUGAAGUGGUCCAUCUCCCACUAUUCACAAUUUCACCAACAAAUGUAGUGUUCCUCACACCCCCAUACCACAAAGUGUAUCCAGCAUAUGAUGGUAAACUCACAACGGAGUCAACAGCCAUAGACCUGUACACAUUGAGCAAAGAGGAGAGGGCUCAAGUGCGGAGGCUGGCUAGUGGUUUGAACAGUAUUAUGGAGUCUAUGAAUUUGAAGGAGGAUGUGUAUUACAUGGGGACUUUCGGCUCGUUGAUAGCUGGGGUGCUGGAAAAUUCGCCUGUUUGUUUGGCUCGGAGAAAGAAUUGCACAAGUCCCGCGUCCCUAAUCGUAAUAGAUCGCACUCUAGAUGUUUGCGGAGUGACCAGCCAUUCAAUGGAAUCUGUCCUUGACAAGAUUAUGACAGUUCUUCCGAGGUUCCCGGGGCACAGCAACGAUGUCGCGGUCAAUAUGUCGCUGUUAUGUGGAGCUGAUGUAAUCUCGCAUCCAGAAGACCUGCAACUCGCCCCCGGCUGCCUAUACCACGCCAACGACGACUCCUGCACUUCCACCUUCGACCACAUGAUCAACAAGAGCCAGAAGGAGGUCAUGUUCGACCUCUACAACAAGCUGUCCAAGAUAGAUGUGCAGAGGUCGCCCAGUCCCAAGACGCUGAUGAAGGUCACGCCGCAGAGCAUUGAGAAGAUCGUGGCGGCCGCUAAGGGAAACUACGACAUAAUAGAAAAGCACAUCGGCGUCCUACAACAAGCGUUAGGCGUGGUCCAGACGCUGAAGUCCCCCAAGCGUUCGCAGGUGGAACUUCUGCAGAAUUUAGAACGGCAAGUGCUGCAGAGCUUGGCUGCUAGUCGCGACUCCACCAGCGUACUCCACCAGAUCAGCCACCUAAUAAAGACCAGGAAAGACCGCAAGCUCCCCCUAGAAAGCCUCCUAGCCCUCAUAGUCCACGUGUAUUCCCUCACCGGCACCGAAGUUUCCUUCUCCAAACAGCACGAAGACAGUCUGACGGAGACGUUGAGCGUGGCCAUCUUCGAGGACCAUAAGACCCUGUUCGCUGACCAUGGGCUGAGGGGCAGCCCGGAGCACUGCGAUGAAAUUUCCCAAUCCAUCAUGGGGAGGCUGAAGGACAUUGCGAUGAUGAGGAAGAAUUUGCAGAAGUACAACUCAGUCCUAAAGCCUUGUGAAACAGGCGGGGGACACGAGUAUCGUGGCGUAUUACAACAGUUGGUAGAAGACCUGGUAGACACAGAGCGACCAGAACUAACUGAUCUGCGACACAGGAACGAGGGUCUUAAGGAUUUGCUGCGAAGCGGACUCAACAUCUUAACGAGCAAGAAAACUCGCAGCACCAAGCACCCGCUCGACAGCCCCACCGUGAUCAUCUUCGUCGUUGGUGGCAUCACGGCCGAGGAGUGCAAGCAUAUCCACAGGACCGUGAUCACGAGCGGCGUGGACACGGCCGUGUUCAUCGGCUCCACAAAAUUCGUCUCACCAGUGGAAGCCAUGAGGGACGCCCUCGCCUUAUAGCACUACUCGCCUUUGAUGGCGCUGAAGAGAACCACCAGCGCCGUUAACGACACUUGCCCAAGGAUGGUGUGUUAAGUUUUGUAACUACUAAUCUAGUUAUUUCGUCGUCGAAUAUAGGGCUAUUAUCGCGCACAAGAAACGCACAAGCAGUGCUGACCAAGAAACUUAUCAACAGAUAUUAUAUUAAUUCUUGCUUUUUUUAGGUAAAUUAGACUUAGGGCCUGUUUCACAAUGUCCAAGUAAAGUCCUGAAUAAGCUAUUUGCCACUCAUCUGACGAACAAAGGCGUCUUUGGCGUUUCACAAUCUUCAAAUAAGCUUAACUGGUAGAGAAAGAUGUUAGUUUUGCAAGAAGUUUUAUCUGACAGUUAAUUUAUUUGCUAAUAAGCUAUCCAAUACUUGGACAUUGUGAAACAGUCCCGUAGUUACUGAUUCGCAUAUGUAAUUUAUUACACUUUUACGAAGCGGCUUCAAAUUUAAAUGACAUGUAGUAUUUUAAUUAGGAUAAUAAACUCUUAAAACAACUAA